AUGACCGCCCCCAAGACCUGGCUUAUCACCGGUGCAUCAUCUGGUUUAGGAGCUGCACUUGCCGAAGCAGCACUUAAAGCGGGACACAAAGUGAUCGCCACAGCUCGUAACAUCAUCACAGCAGCCGAAGCCAACCCUCAAAUCUCCAGCCUUGGCGGCCACUGGAUUGAACUUGAUGUGACGAGCCCGGACACCGCAAAGAAAGUAGAAGAUGCAGUUCAAGAAGCCGGUGGCGUUAUUGAUGUCGUUAUCAACAAUGCCGGAUACUCGCUGCUAGGCAGUAUUGAGGAUAUGAGCGAGUCGGAAAUCGAAACCCAAUUCAGCACGAAUGUCUACGGCCCCGUUCGUGUGUUGAAGGGCGUGCUGCCUUUUAUGCGAGCGAGCAAGUCUGGGACUGUCGUCAACAUUAGUAGCAGUGCUGGUAUUGAUGGGUUGCCUACUUGUGCGAUAUACGCUGGUACGAAGUUUGCACUUGAAGGGAUGUCUGAAAGUCUAGCCAGAGAGCUAGCACCAUUUAACAUCCGAGUACUCAUUGUUGAACCGGGUUCACUUCGAACAAACUUUUGGUCUGCAUACGUCGAGCCCGCCGCUGGCAUGAACAAAGGCUAUACCGGCACACCCCUCGACAAGACUCUCCAGCUUUUCAAAUCGAACACAGGAUCUCAACCGGGCGAUGCCGUCAAAUGUGCCGCGAGGAUCCUUGAAGUUGUGGACGGUGUUGGCAUGGGGUCUGGGAAACAGGAUUUGCUUCGAUUGCCACUUGGGCCGGAUUGUUAUAAACGCUUCCAGACUAAAAUCGACAACUUGCAGGAGAAUUUACUCGCCACGAAGGACAUUGCGCAUUCCACUGCUUAUUGA